AUGUCUGUCGAGGUGAUCACGACCAUAUCCCCCACAACCGACGAGCCUAUCCUCGUACGCAACGGCAUCUCGGCGACGGAGCUCGAGGAGCUCCCCAAGAAUGCAGUCCAAGCCUUCGAGUCAUGGCGGGCAACCCCGCUGAGCAAACGACAGGAAAUCAUCAAGAGCGCUCUCAAGAUCCUCGACAAAAAGAAGGAUGAGCUGGCCACAGAGCUCACCGUCCAGAUGGGCCGUCCCAUUGCCUACACAGCCAAGGAAAUUGCCACGGCCAUCAAGAGGUCAGAGUAUCUCCUCAAGAUUAGCGACGAGGUUCUGCAGGAUACGCCGGGAGAGGCAGAGAAGGGCUUCAGGAGGUUUAUCCGCAAAGUUCCCGUGGGGCCCGUCCUCAUCAUCUUUGCCUGGAACUAUCCAUAUUUAAUCCUCGUCAAUGCCUUGAUACCAGCACUCCUGUGCGGCAACUCGGUCAUCCUCAAGCCCUCUCCUCAGACGCCCACCGUCGUCGAGCAGGUAGCCAAAGCCUUCACAGAGGCGGGAUUGCCCAACGGGGUGAUACAAUACUUCCACUCCGGCUCGCCCACUAUCAUCGAGUCCAUUGUCCGAAAUCCCAAGGUCGCCCUGGUCUGUUUCACCGGCUCAGUAGCAGGCGGUUUGGCCGUUCAAGGCGCUGCGUCAGAUCGCAUCGUCAAUGUCGGCUUGGAGCUUGGGGGAAAAGACCCCGCAUAUGUUCGUGGAGAUGUCGACAUUGCAUGGGCAGCCGAAGAAAUCGUUGACGGCGCUGUUUUCAACUCGGGACAAAGCUGCUGCUCCAUCGAGCGCGUUUAUGUGGAUGAAACGAUCCAUGAUGAAUUCAUCUCUGCUGUCCAAAACGUUCUCAAGGGAUACAAGCUCGGGGAUCCCCUUGACAAAGACACGCACCUCGGUCCAGUAAUCUCAAAGCGGUCAAAGGAAACCAUUCACACCCACAUCAAGGACGCAUUGGACAAGGGUGCGACUGACGCCACGCCCGCGAACGACACGUUCACUAAUCUUCCUGAGCGAGGGAACUUCGUUGCACCGACCCUGCUUAUAAACGUGGACCAUAAUAUGACAGUCAUGAAAGACGAAACCUUUGGACCCGUCAUUCCGGUCAUGAAGGUGAAGAGUGACGAGGAGGCAGUGAGGCUAAUGAAUGACAGCGAAUUUGGCUUGACAGCUAGCAUAUGGACAAAAGACACGGAGAAGGGCUAUGAGUUGUGCAAUGAAAUUGAGGCCGGUACCGUUUUCGUCAAUCGUUGCGAUUUCCCCAGUCCGGAUCUGGCUUGGACAGGGUGGAAGAACUCCGGAAAAGGCGUUACUCUAAGCAGAUAUGGUUUUGACCAGUUUGUCAAGCUAAAGAGCUAUCAUUUGAAGGCCUACCCUAAAUAG